AUGGAUAGGAUUCAAGAGGGAGAUGAAAAUGGUAAAUGUUCAGUUGUUGGUUUAGCAAUCAAAGGUAACAAGAAAAGCAAGUAUGUUGUACAAUGGGCACUUGAUAAAUUUGUUGCUGAAGGAGUGCUUAUCUUCAAGCUUAUACAUGUUAGGGCUGUAAUCAAAGGAGUUCCAACACCAAUGGGAGAUGUGCUUCCUAUUUCGCAAGUGCGGAAUGAUGUCGCAAUGGCUUUCAAAAGGGAAAUCGAGUGGCAAACAAAUCAUAUGCUUCUACCUUUUAAGAGCUUGUGCGAGCAAAGAAAGGUGCAUGUAGAUGUUGUAGUGAUUGAAUCCGAUGAUGUAGUAAAUGCGAUAGCAGAGGAAGUAACUAAGGACGCUAUAACCAAACUUGUCGUUGGAGCUUCGUCUUCCGGUAUUUUCAGAAGUAAACAUAAGGGUAUGUCUGCAAGAAUCUCAGUAUGUACUCCAACAUUUUGUACGGUUUAUGCCGUUUCAAAGGGAAAAUUGUCCAUACGGCAGUCAGACACGCAGAUUGAUCGAAAUAUUAGCGACAACACGAGUGAAAUCAGUUUUUCCUCAUCCAGCUCGUCAAACUACACUUCCACCACUCAGACAGAGUCUGGCUCAGUUGCAUCAUAUGCUGCCUUACACUCCUCUCCCCUUGCAACACGGCGAGUUAAAGCUCUCUCGGGUAUAGAACAAACUCUCUCGAGUUUAGAUCUAACUAAUCAUUCUAGAGGCCAGUCUCUAGAUCUUGGGAGAAAGAAUGCUGCUACAAGUUCUUCUAAAAACUCAGAUGUUGAUCAUGAUAUAAGUCAGGCGUCUAGCUCCGGAAGCAUUUCAGAUACCGAAUCUCGCUUUUAUGAUCAAAAUUUGGCCAAGUUUGUGCCUCAAGUUACUAAGCCUCCAUCACCAAAUAGACAGGAAAACCUUAACCUUGAGCUGCAAAAGUUGAGAAUUGAACUAAGACAUGCACAAGGAAUGCAUGCAGUAGCUCAAACUGAGAACACUGAUGCAUCACAAAAGUUGAAUGAACUAAACAAGAGAAGACUAGAAGAAUCCAUGAAAAUGAAGGAGAUAAUUGCCAUGGAAGAGAUGGCCAAGGAAUUAGCAUAUCAAGAAAGAGAGAAAUACGAAGCUGCCGCUAGAGAGGCUGAAUAUUUGAAACAAUGUGCUGAAAGAGAAGCUGCAGAAAGAAAAGAAACGGAGUUGAAAGCUAUCCAUGCUGCCAAAGAGAAAGAAAAGCUCGAGGAUGCUUUGAGUGGCUCCACGCCUCAGUACCGAGUGUUUACGUGGGAUGAAAUAGUUACAGCUACUUCAUCUUUCUCCGAAAAUCUGAGAAUCGGAAUGGGCGCAUAUGGAAUGGUGUACAAAUGCACUUUGCAUCACACAACUGUUGCUGUUAAAGUUAUCCACUCAAAUGGAAUCCGCAAAAGCAAGCAAUUCGAACAAGAGUUAGAGAUAUUAAGCCGAAUUCGUCAUCCAAACUUGCUCCUUCUUCUCGGUGCAUGUCCCGAUCACGGAUGUCUUGUGUAUGAAUAUAUGGAAAAUGGCAACUUGGAGGAUAGACUACUCCAGAAAAACGGUAAUAUUCAAAUCCCAUGGUUUGUUAGGUUUCGAAUAGCUUGGGAAAUCGCGUCGGCUCUUUCCUUUCUUCACAGCACAAAGCCAAAACCUAUCAUCCAUCGUGACUUGAAACCUUCAAACAUCUUGCUUGGUGGUAACCUUGUCAGCAAGAUUGGCGAUGUUGGUCUUUCUACAAUCCUUGAUUCAGAUAACAUAUCUGCCAUGUAUAAGGACACAGCGCCUGUUGGAACACUCAGUUACAUUGAUCCUGAAUAUCAAAGAAGCGGUUUAAUAUCUACGAAAUCCGAUGUUUAUGCUUUCGGAUUAGUGAUGUUACAGUUAUUGACAGCAAAACCGGCCAUAGCACUUACUCACAUAGUUGAAACAGCUAUUGAUGAUGAAAGUUUAGCAGAUAUAUUGGAUCCAAAAGCAGGAUCAUGGCCUAUACAAGAGACACUGGAAAUAGCUCGGUUAGCAUUGAGCUGUGCAGAGAUGCGGCGAAAGGAUCGAUCUGACUUGAAUGAUCAUGUGCUACCAAUGCUAGAGAGGUUGAAAGAAGUUGCUGAUAAGGCUCAACAUUCUGCUUCAAUAGUUCCUAUAAAAUCCAAACCUCCCAACCAUUUUAUAUGUCCUAUACUUCAGGAUGUGAUGGAUGAUCCUUGUGUUGCUGCAGACGGAUAUACAUACGAUCGCAAAGCAAUUAAAAAGUGGCUGUUAGAUCACGACAAAUCACCGAUGACAAAUAUGGCUUUACCUCAUAAGUUUCUAAUUCCUAAUUACACACUUCUAUCAGCAAUUUUGGAGUGGAAGACCUGA